CAUCUCGGUUUACUUUGAUGUCAUAUACAGCAAUUAGUUUUCAUGUGUUCUGACAUUGAUUAUCAUUUUGUAGAUGAAGGUGUUGUGCCUGCUGGACAAACAGCACUACAGUACUGUCUACAUGCUCAGGGUACUUAUGAUGAACAGCGAGAAACAGCUUUGUGCUUGAUAACAUAUGGUGCCUCAGUUUACCAAAAAGAUAGUAGAGGGAAUACACCUCUUGAUUAUUAUGAUCGUAAUAAAUGUAGUAAAUACGAAGUAUCAACAAAGGAGGAAAAGAAAGAUGAACUUAAAAAAUUGCUUAUAGAGCUAUCAGCUCCAGGAGAAAUAUUAGCGAGAGGUCCUGAAGCCAUUAAAGCAUUCACAUAUGAAGUUCAGAAUGGGGAAAUUAUGAUGGUUAAUUCCAGAGUCAUGUUCCUUGGGAAAGAAGGGGUAGGCAAAACAAGUUGUGUCCGUUCCAUGCUUGGCAAAGUAUUUAACAACAAUGAACCAUCAACAGAUGGUAUUGUAACAACAACAGCAUUUCAAAUGGUUGAUGGAGAUUGCAGCGAAUGGAAGGAACAGAAGGAUGUGGAUGUUUGUGAACUAACGAGGCAGAUACGUGAGCACUCCAUCGCAGAAAAUCUCGCUAAAAAGCUGAAACAGCCAAAACGCCAACAAAACACUAAUUCUGCAUCAUCUAGUUCUACAGCUGCUUCAUCGAAGCCAUCAGAAGCAACGAGAAGUGCAAGCUAUACCAGACUCCCAGAAGGAAUUCAUGAGAAACUUGUUGCUAAACUUGCUGUACCUGGCACUUUCCAUCCUCGUACCGUAUUUUCCCAGCCACGUCAAAGAUUCAGAUUGGGUCAACUACUUCGAAGAGCCAUAUUUGGUCAACCACGUCAAACAGCAGAGGUACCUAGCAGUUUUAUAGCAAGUGAUGUCACAAGCAUUUGGGACUAUGCCGGUCAACUGACCUAUUAUAUAUCUCACAGGUUUUUCUUAACAGAUGGAUCAUACUGUGUUGUGUUUAGUGUGUUAGAUGAUUUGGAUGCUCUAGCAAACCCAAGAGAUUUCUUACAAGGACAAUUUGAAAUGACAAAUCUUCAGAUGAAUGUAUUUUGGAUGCGGUCAAUAUACGAACAUGCUGUACUACCCUAUCAUGGAAGGACACGGAAGUUGAUCAAUGGCAUAUCCUCACCCACAAUCAGUUUAGUUGCCACACAUAAAGACAAACUGUUAGGGACUGAGUCAGAAAAGGACAAGUUGAUCACAACCAAGUUCAAAAGAAUAUUUGAUGAAGUCAAAGGAACACCAUAUGAAAGCCAUGUGGAUCGCGAGAUGUAUGUUGUAGAUAACACUGUGCGUAUGGAUGAAGGGAUUGAGAAAUUGAAGAAGAAUAUCGGAGGAUACAUGAAGACUACGGCUAAACCUAUUCCCACUACCUGGGUUGAUUUCCAGUCCAAAGUACAAGAUGUUGGAAAAACAAGACUUCAUGUUUCCUUAGAUGAGGUUGCAGAAAUUGCAUCUGAAUGUGGAAUUUCUAAAACAACGCUCAACACUGUCCUCGAUUAUCUAAACGACACUGGAAUAAUUCUGUACUCUAAGACUAAUGAGAAAUUAAAGUACACGGUUAUUACGAACUUACGCAUGAUGAUCGAUCUCUUGACAAAAAUCAUCACAGUAGUGAAACCAGAUGAUAUUGACAGGUUGCCUACACUGAUGCAUUUAUGGAAUAAACUCGACAGUGAGGGAAUUCUACAAGAAAAGUUGCUACGUCAUUUGUGGAGACAUGAGAUAGAGAAAGAUCCCAGCAACUUUGAGGUAUUCCUUGAACUGCUUAAGAUGUUUGGGUUACUGUUUGAGAAGCAAAAGGUAAGCUGGUACUUAUGGUUUAGCACAAGAAACUCUUUCAUAAUAUAUAUAUGCACAAUUUUUGUACAAUAAUUAUUAUUUUUAUACUUUCAAUUCAAUUUUAUUCUUCAAAUGCCAUCAAGGGACAAAAUCCAUUAAGGAUAACAUUCACAGAUACACACACCAAAAAAUUAUGAAAUAUAUACAGUAUAAAUAUGAAUAUAUUUCCAACAAUUUGUGGGCAAGGUUAAAAGGAGAAGGCGUAUAGACAAAUGAAAUUGUCGGUUGUUGAAAACAUUUUGAUGAGAACUGUGAAAUCGAAGACGGGUCAAGAGAGAGAGAAUAGGUAAGCCUCAAGGAGUGUAAAAGAAAAAGAAGAAGCGAAACGGGAUGUGUGACAAGGAACGGGAAGAAAUGCAGAGUGUCGGGAGUGGCGGAGAGACAAAUCAUUAUUUUAUAGGACUUGUACCCAGUAGCGCACAUAUUCAUUUCAGAAAAAUCCACUGAAGUAGCUUUUUUUUAUUGGAUGCAGUUUAAAUUAUUAUUUUAUUUUAUUUUUUUAUUUCUUAUUUCACAUCCAACAGCGAGUAAAUUGCGCCACUUACAGGAUUAGAAUGAUGCU